CUUAAUCCACAAUAUUCUUUCUCUCUGUUUAAUCAAAUGGGAAUCUUUAUCAUCAGCUUACUCAAGGGGUUUAAUCAACUUUAGGUUGGUAAGACUGGUGGUUGAGUCAUCUUUCUAUUCUCUCUUCCUUUCUUCCUUUCUUCCUUUAGAUUAUUGAGGUGCUUAUUUAUUAGAGAAGCAUAUCAAAUUUUCAUGCUAUAAGGCAUUUCUUAGUUUCAUCUUAGUUGUUGAUUAUGGGGUCUGAAGGGCCACCGGCAGUAACCAUCCAUCUGACUGGUUUUAAGAAAUUCCAUGGAGUCUCAGACAAUCCAACCGAGACAAUUGUCAGUAAUUUGAAAGAAUACACAAAGAAGAAGGGUUUGGCAAAAGGCCUGACUCUUGGAAGUUGCACUGUUCUUGAGACUGCAGGACAGGGAGCACUCCCUGCGCUGUAUCAGACGUUGCAGUCUGCCUUAAGUGGGAAGGAAUCUGAAUCUUCAAGUUCUGGAAAAAUUGUUUGGGUACAUUUCGGAGUUAAUAGUGGUGCAAGUAGAUUCGCUAUUGAGCAACAAGCUGUGAAUGAAGCCACUUUUCGUUGUCCUGAUGAGAUGGGAUGGAAACCUCAGAAAGUACCCAUUAUUCCAGCAGAUGGUGGAAUCACACGUGUGCGAAAGACUUCACUUCCUGUUGAGGAGAUAACAAAGGCCUUAUCAAAGAAGGGAUAUGACGUGAUGACUUCUGAUGACGCAGGGCGAUUUGUAUGCAAUUACGUUUACUAUCACUCCCUCCACUUUGCGGAGCAGAAUGGAACCAAAUCGCUAUUUGUGCAUGUGCCUCUCUUCUUGACCAUAGAUGAGGAGACUCAAAUGCAAUUCGCUGCUUGCUUGCUGGAGGUACUCGCUUCUUCAUGUUAGUAACCUAUGGUUGCAACUCGCAUGUUUAAGACCUGGAGCCCUGGAGAGUUACUUUGCGUGUGCUGCAGACCAUGUAUGUGAGGGUGCAUAAAUAAACAGAUGUUUGUCUAAAGGUUUUAAUAAACAGAUAAAGGAAAAUUUGCAUUUCUGCCUCCUGAAUCUUAUGUAAUGUCUGGUGUAUUUCUGAAGGCUUCCUCUGUUGCCUGAAAAUGUCUUGAAAUGCUGUGGUUGCAUAUGAAUAAAAUUCCAGUUUGCUU